AUGAGUACUGGUUGGAAUUUUAAUUUUAAAAAAAAAAAUGGAAGAAGAAAAAAAGGUGACUUAAAAUACGUGCAGCUCUUUAGUAGAAGUGGCAUAAGUACUUUGAAAAAUGAAAAUGUUAUUUUUGAAAAAGGUUUGAAUUGUGGACCUGCAGGAAGAAAUGCAUUAAUUCGAUGGAUUGAAUAUAACUAUAAAAUGAAAAACGAUGAAGAGAACAGUUACCCUGCUGUUAAUGCUUGCAAAAUAUGGCAAAAAACACAAUCAUUUCAAGAUGUUGUAUUGUCUGGUAUGGUAGACUUUCUAAAAUUUUUAAACGUUCCAAAGCACGUAACAUAUAAAAAUGUUUUUGAUAAUUAUCUAUCUCCAAAUUUUAUAAACAAAAUUAAUUCUAUUGGAAAUUCUCAAAAAAGCUUAAUAAGAUUGGCUAGUAAAAUGACUCCCAUGUUCCAAGUUAGGGAAAUCCAACCCUUAUUUUCUGUUUUAUUAGAAAAGAUAAAUGUAAUACCUGUAAAGAUAUUAAACAUAUUAGUAGAGGAUACCCCCGCUGCUCAAUACUUUUACGAGAUAACAUGCCUAAAUGUAAAAAGGAAAAUUUGGGUAAUGUGGGCCCAAAAAUUUUAUGAAGAAAUUGAACAGUUGGUUGAAGAAAUUAUUAUUCAUAUGAAAUUAAAUGAUAAUCAUGAAUACAUAAAUAAUUUAAUAAAUAAAAUUAUAGAUUUUAUUGGAGAUGGUACAGAAAAAUAUUACUUAUAUAAUUUAUGUAUACAUAUUAUAAGAUUGAAAUCUGUAAAUACAAUAUUAAAUCAUAAUGAAUACCUUUCAUCUAAUCAUUAUAAUGAUAAUCUUAAAUAUGAUGAACACCAUAAUAUUACCAUGACAAAUCAAACUAAUAAUAUUAACAAAAUUUCAAAAAAUAUUGAUAUAUAUAAUAAUAAUAUAAUUAUAAAUGAUAAAAAAAAUAAAGAACCAAAUAAAAACUAUUUAAAAUUAAAUUUAAAUUUUAACAAUAUAUCAGAAAAUCAAGAUCUACAACAAAAACUUAUCAAAUUACAAUCAUGUUUUGAUAAUAUCAUGAAUAAUAAUAAUAAUAAAGAAAGUGAUGAUCAGAAAGAAAUGAUAUAUAGUAAAGAAAAUACCCCAUAUUAUUUACAACUUCACGAAUAUUAUCACAAUAGUACUUCAUUUAAAUAUUUAAAGAAAAGAAAAAAUGAAAAAUAUGGAAAAGAUAUAAAUAUAAUAAACGAUGAAAAGAUAUUACUAAAUAAAAUGGAAAGAGAGACCGAUUCUAUGCGUCUUAUUAAAAAUCCACAGUAUAUUCAUAAAGAGGACACAAUAUGCAAGAGAAUUUUAUAUCAAAAUAGGGAUGACAAUAGGGUUAAAAAAAUAAAAUAUAACAUGCAUGAUAAGGAUGAAGAUAAUGAGUUGGAAAAUAUAGUUUAUAUGGAAAGAAAUAAAAUUGAAGAGAAAACAAAAGAUGCCCUUGUUAAGGAUAAGGAGAAUGUAGAAGAGGACAACCUUGAAAAUAUUACAAAUAAGAAUAUGAACAAUAAUAAUAAUAAGAUAAGUCGUAGUAAUAUAUGCCAUGACAAUAUUACAGAUACAAAAGAGAAAUUUCAAAAAACACGUAAAAUUAAAACCAAUAACAAUGCAUAUUAUGAUAAAAAGAACUCCUUACCAUUUGAUAAUAUGUUCUAUAGUAAAUUACGCCUACUUUUGUGCAUGCAAUAUAAAGAGAAAUAUAAUGUUGUUGAUAAUGAAAUGAUAAAGAUAGACAAAUAUUUUUAUUUUAUAGAAUUUAUUAAUAAUAUUAUUAAAGAUGGAAUAGUUAAUUUUAUAGAUGAAUUUAAAACAAAAGAAAUAAUAAAAAAAAUGCAAUAUAAUUUUAAAAUUACAAAUAUCGAUGAUCUAUAUGAAUAUUCUUUAUUACUCAAUAAUAUACAAUUAAAAUUUUCUAUUAUUGAAGGAAUAUGUUUCAAUUUUCAUAAAAAUAAUUUUGAUAUGAUAACACAAAAAUGUAAUGUACACUUUUGGAUAUCAUUGUUUUAUUUAGGUAUUUACAAUAACUUCUUCUCAUUAAUUAAAUAUGCUAUCGAUAAAAGAGAGUCGAUCGGUACAAAAAAGAAAGAUAUAAAAAAAGAUCAGAAUGACAGACAUAUAAUUAAGGGGGAAGUCGAUUCAGAUAUAAAUACACAUGUUUAUAACGAGAUAAUACACACUGAGGAAGAAAAGGAUUAUUAUGAAAAUAAAGAAAAUGUUCAUGAGGAAGUAAAGCUACAAAAUGAUAUCAAAGAAAUAGAGGAGGAGGAGCAAAAUGAAUAUGCUGGUAAGGAUGAAAUUGUGAGAGAUAAACAUUUGAAUAAUUACCAAGAUGAAAAAGAUGUUCAACAUUUACAUAUAUAUGAAUUUUAUGAAAAUGGUCAAUAUUAUCAAAAUUAUGAUGAUGGCAUGAAAUUUUUUGAGGAGAAGGAGGAACCUGAUAGAAAGGAUGAAUGUGAUGAAAAUAAAAAUGAUGAUGAUGAAGAGGAAGAAGAAGAUGAUGAUGAAGAGGAAGAAGAAGAUGAUGAUGAAGAGGAAGAAGAAGAUGAUGAUGAAGAGGAAGAUGAUGAUGAUGAACAGGAAGACGAUGAUGACGAAGAAGAUGAUGAUGACGAAGAAGAUGAUGAAGAGGAAGAUGAUGAUGAUGAACAGGAAGAUGAUGACGAAGAAGAUGAUGAUGACGAUGACGAUGAUGAUGACGAAGAAGAUGAUGAUGACGAUGACGAUGAUAAUUAUAAUGAUACUUAUAAUGAUGAUGAUGACUAUAAUAAUAUAAAUCAUGAAUAUAAUAAAGAACACCCUAAAAAAAUAAGUAAUGGUGGUAAUAAUAAAAAAUAUGGUCAUGUAUUUCCUAAGGUUUAUCCACAUCAUACAAUUUAUAAUGAUUAUAAUAAAAGAAAUAAUUAUUAUGAAUCUCAAGAGAAGGAGGACACAUGGAAAAAUCAAAAGCAUAAAGGUAUAAAUAAACAUAAAGAUGAUUCACAUGAAGAUGAUUCACAUGAAGAUGAUUCACAUGAAGAUGAUUCACAUGAAGAUGAUUCACAUGAAAAUGAUUCACAUGAAGAUGAUUCACAUGAAGAUGAUUCACAUGAAAAUGAUUCACAUGAAGAAAAAGAACAAUAUAUAUAUAACAAGGAAUUAUAUGAAAAAAUAAAAAAAAAACCAGGAAAAAAUAUGAAUAAGGAAAUAUAUUAUAAAAAAAAUAUAAAGGAAGAAUGUAUGGGAAAUGACCAAAACAGGAACAAUAAUAAUGAUAAUAAUAAUAAUAAUUAUAAUAAUAUUGAUGAUAUAAAAAAUGAUAAGUACAAAUUAUUUUUUAAUUUUUGUAAGGAUAGUUAUUUGAAAAUUCCGAUAAUAAAUAUACUAAGAUAUAUAGUAAUAUCAAAUGAUAUUCCAAAUGAAUUUUUUUCAUUUUUUGAUUUUUUUAAAGAAGAUAAUAUAGAAGAAUUAAAAUCAAUAAAAGAAAAAAAUACUAUAUUGUUAUUAUCUGCUUUGUUAAAUAUACCACAAAUUGAUUAUAUAAAAGUAAAAAAUUUUUUUUCUAUAAUUGAAGAAUUUUUUUACCUUGAGAAAAAAAAAAAAACCCCAAAUUUACAGAGUGAUAAUAAUAAUAAUAAUAUGAGAGACAAUUUUCAUAAUAGGUAUUCAACUGAAAUGAUUAAUGUGGAAGAAGGGAAAAAAUACUUACUAAAUGAAAUUUGUUUAGAUAAAAAUAAUAUAAGGGACAUUCAAAUAUCAGCCGAAGAUUUAGAAUAUAGUGAUAAUAACAAUGUAGACAGUGGUUAUGAUAGUGAUAUUAAUAGUAAUAAGUAUAAUAGUAAUAAUAAUAAACAGCAGCAAAAAAUAAAUAACAAUAAUAUUAAUAAUAAUAAUAAUAAUAAUAAUAAUAUUGAUAGUAAUAAUAUUAGAGACAAUGUGGACAUAAAUUAUAAAGAUGCCAUUAAUCAAAAUGAUAUUAGAACAUCGUUUCAAAUUUAUGAAAAUGUCAACCUAGAAUUUGAUAAGGAAAAAAUGUUUAAUGAACAAAAAGAAGAGAGUAUAAAAAAUAUAGAUAAUGGAAAUGUGGAUAGUUUAAAUAAUAAAUAUCUUUUUGAAAAAUUAGGAAGAAAAUUGAUAAAUACUAUAUAUAAUAUGAGCAAAGAAAUUAGUGAUAAUAAAUUUUUAAUAAAUAAUAAUAUAUGUUCCAUAUAUAUAUAUUUGAAUAAUUGUUGUAAGAAAAAAAAUAUGCAAAAACAAAAUAAUAUUUCUUUUUGGAAUAAAGAUAAAAAUAUACAUACUUCUUUUGAUGAAAAUUCAAUUUUGUAUAUGCCAAAAGAAAUGAACGAAAAAUUCUAUAAUUGUAAUAAUCUUGUUAAGAAAUAUUUUCCUUAUAUUUUGAAAAGUUCCUUUUUCAUUUUUAAUAUUUUAAAAAAAAAAAGAUUGAUACAUAUUUAUAUAAAAUAUAUGUAUUUAUAUGAAUAUUUAUACCAUAUGAUAUUAAAUAGAAUAUUAUAUAUCAGUACAAUCAAAUUCUAUCCUUUUCUACAAAAUAUUAUUUUAAAAGAAUUAAAUUAUUAUUUUCAUGAUUUCAAAAAUGUAACAAUAAAAAAUUUUUGGAAAUUUUAUUUAUAUGCACACACAUUAAUUGAUAUCAAUAAUUCAAAAAUUAUUUUAACAAAGAAAUUAUUUCAUAAUAAUGCCAUUCAAUAUUUUAUAAAGCUUUUUUAUUAUCUCUCAUUUUACAACCCUAUCUUUUCUAUCCUUUUUCUAAACCUCAUACGGACACCCCUAUUUCAUAAAAAUAUUGAAAAUAAAAGAUUGGAAAUUUUACAAAAUAUAUGGAAUGGAGCACAUGAAAGAUAUUUUUUAUUUUUGUCUAAAAGAAAAAUAUAUUCCAUUGAGUAUAAAAUAUGGCUAGAUGAAUACAAUAAAUGUUCCGAAAAAUAA